GUUCUUUUCCCACUUGCAACUUGCCUCCUCCUCCUCCUUCUUUAUAUAUUUCCAAUACUCUCUCCUAACAAUUUCACAUUAUCUAACUAUCUAUCUCCUUCCAUGUUUGAACAACAACACUUUCAACUUCACGGUCACCAUAACCAGCUUACGGUGAAGAUGAAUAAUACAGUGAAAAGAAGAGAAAUGAAAAAUCCUAAAGAAGAGAAGCUUCAAGUUAUGGACUUGAGUGGCAUGUCCUUGGAUUCACUUCCAAAAUCUUCACUUCAUUUAGCCCUCGUUUCUAAGCUUGACCUAUCUAAUAACAAUCUAAAGAAUAUUCCGGAGUCGUUAACUGCGAGAUUAUUGAACUUAGAGAUGUUAGACGUGCACUCCAACCAGCUCAAAUCUCUCCCAAAUUCCAUUGGUUGUCUCUCCAAGCUCCAAGUUUUGAAUGUCUCUGCCAACUUCAUUGAAUCUCUUCCUGCAACCAUUGAGAAUUGCAGAGCUUUGGAAGAAUUGAAUGUGAACUUCAACGAGUUGAGCAUGCUGCCAGACACAAUAGGCUUCGAGCUCAUAAAACUCAAGAAACUUUCUGUCAACUCCAACAAACUGGUAUUUCUUCCUAGCUCCACCUCUCACCUUACGGCUCUUAAGGUUCUCGACGCGCGUUUGAACUGCCUCAGGAGUCUCCCCGACAACCUCGAGAAUCUCAUCAAUCUUGAAACCCUAAAUGUGAGUCAGAACUUUCAAUACUUGGAGUCCCUGCCAUAUUCCAUAGGGCUCCUCUUGUCAUUGGUUGAAUUGGACAUUAGCUACAACAGUAUCAAAACAUUGCCUGACUCCAUUGGGUGCCUCCAGAAGCUUCAAAAGCUAAGCGUUGAGGGAAACCCGCUUAGUUCGCCUCCACCUGAGGUGGUGGAGCAAGGAUUGCAUGUGGUGAAGGAGUAUAUGUGCCACAAAAUGAACUCGGGCAAUAAAGUUUCAACCAAGAAGAGAUGGUGGAUGGUGAAAUGUGGAACCUUCAAUGGGCACAAUAGAAGUGGGAAACACACAGAUCACAGAGGUUUUAGCAUGCUUCAAUAUCAGCCAAUGAAUGGUCUUGCAACACCAGGCUUCAUGGGAAAGUUGUCACCUCUUCGCCUAUUCUCACCCCGCCGUUCUUUCAAUUAAGACGACACUGUAAAAUAUUUUGUAAAAUCUAUGUAUAAAUUCUUUACAGGUUAAAAUAGUUUUAAUAGCAUGGUUGUUUUUGAAUUCCAACAAUCAGGACAUGGCUAUUGUAAAUGAGAAGAAUAAGUGUUGGUUAGGUUGUAAGCAGAAUAUUGUACGUGUAUCAUGGAUUUGAAAAUUGUGGGUUUGUAAAAAUUCUUAAACCUGUUCAUGUUAAGCUUCUUCUAAUGUAAAUUAAUAUCUUAUUA